AGGAUGAGCUCCUAUGCUGACAUCUGCGGGUCCAGGCACGCGCAGGGCAGCACAGAGGGAGGGUACCAACGCUACGGAGUUCGGUCCUACCUGCAUCAGUUUUAUGAGGAUUGCACAGCUUCAAUUUGGGAGUAUGAGGAUGAUUUUCAGAUCCAGAGAUCGCCUAGCAGGUGGAGCUCUACGUUCUGGAAGGUCGGACUCAUCUCUGGGACGGCUUUUAUGCUGAUAGGUUUAACAGUUCUUGUAGUGGGUUUUCUUGUGCCGCCAAAAAUCGAAGCUCUUGGGAAAGAUGAAUUUGUUGUGGUGGAUACUCGUGCCAUACAGUUUAAUGGGUCCCUUGAUAUAUGCAAGCUGGCAGGUGCAGUCUUGUUUUGUGUGGGAGGGUCCACCGUUGCAGCAUGUCUGAUGAUGUCUGCUUUUGCUAAAAGUUACUCCAAAGAAGAAAAGUACCUCCAACAAAGAUUCAAAGAGAGAAUAGCUGAUGUAAAAGCCCAUGCAAAUCCAGUCACAAAAGCGCCAGCACCGGGAGAGUCAAAGAUACCUGUCACUUUGUCCAAAGUUCAAAAUGUCCAACCUCUGUCUGAAACCUGA